GAGAGUUUCGACAGCGCCAUCUUCGAGUUUGCGCAUUAUCCUUUGAGUCAUUCGUUCCUCGCCAAACUCUCUUGGAUUCACGGUUCGGCAUCUGGCUGCAUCCGCGGUGACCGGGGCUGCCACGCUGCACCGACCGAUCGCAUCCCCCCGCCAGACCACCAACCGAACACUCUAUACCUUGUCUCACAAAAUAAGACCCCCAUCGCUGGUAAUUGUGAAUCUCGGCCAGGUUGGAUUUUGCAAAAAAUUUGAAAAUCUUUGCCGGGCUUGCCCUCCGGCGAGAGGGUGUUGGUACAGCGCAGGCCUCAUCAGGCAUCGACCAUCUUCAACCGCUUCACAACUCCAACAAUACCACCAAAGAGUCGGUCACCAAAACGUCAUUGAGUUUCGAUGGUUGAGAACUUCAUGCCGUUGCAGCGGCAUCGUGAAGAGUCUCAUCCAUGCCCUUUGGCCGUUCUCCCUUCUCCCUCCAAGCCGUUAGUUAUGGAACCUUCGAUACUCGUUCCAAGAGGGAGCAGCGACAUGAACCUCACACCUGCAGAGCGCGACACUCUCCAGCACAUUGAGAGACUGGGCGCCUCCAUCAGCCUCACCUGCGUGUGCCUCAUCUUUGUCGCCUAUGGUCUCUUCAGGCGAGUCCGUACGGUCCCGAACACCUUCAUUUUCUUCGCCUCUAUCGCCAAUGUCGGAGCCAGCAUCGCAUGCCUCAUCGGCUAUAGUGGCAUCCUGGCUGGCGAGGAAUCGGUUUUGUGCCAAACCCAGGCUUUCCUUUUGGAGAUGUUCAUGCAGUCGGACCCUUGGUGGUCGUUUGCCAUGGCAGUAAAUGUCUACGUGGUGUUCUUCAUGAGCUACUCUCCAAACAGCUUCCGCCAGUAUCUUUGGGUUUACUGCCUCGUCUGCUUUGGUAUACCCGCGGUUCCUGCAUUCAUCUGUCUCUUUUACGCGCCCAACGGCCAGCGCAUCUACGGCGAUGCGACAUUAUGGUGCUGGAUCAACGACAAGUACAACCAACUGCGCAUUUUUACAUAUUAUCUGCCAAUCUGGACGUGCAUUCUGCUGUCCGCUGUUAUCUACGGGGCAGUUGGUGUUCGUGUCUUCCGACAUCGCAGCCAGCUUCGAAACCUGACCCUCAGCGACCAAGCGAGCCCGAGAGAUAUCUGUGGCGGUGCGCUUGACUCUACGGAAAAGGCACAGGCAAGCUACGGAACCGUGACGACCGAGGUGCAAGUCACAGCAGAGUCCUCAGGCAGUCAGACACCGCCUUCAACUCCGGCCGGGUCCAUAGCGCCUGUCCUGCACAAGCCAUCGUCCACCGGACCUCACGCCCCCUGGGGCUCGCCUGACGACAUCGAGCCGGUCUCCCCGACAAGCAGAGCUCACCAUGACAAGCCAUUCGUCACGACCUCCACCAUUUCCUCGACUGGACGCCACAUUCAGGAGCACAAGAAGCCAGGCCUCCUAAACAAGCUGGCUCAGAUCUGGAACAAGUUUCGGAUCAAGCUCGCCAACCUCGACCCCAUCAAGCUGGCGUACCUCCGUACAUCGUUCGUCUUCGCCAUCUCCAUCCUCGUCACCUGGACGCCGAGCAGCAUCAACCGCGUCUACUCGCUCAUGUACCCAACCCGGACGAGCUACCCGCUCAACCUGGCCGGUGCCGUGGUCUUGCCGCUGCAGGGGCUGUGGAACGCCAUAAUCUUCGCGGCGACCAGUUGGCCCAUCCUGACCGACGAGGUCCGCGUGCUGAGACGCGGCGGGUGGCGUGGCUUUUUCGGAGGCUCUCGCCGCCGCCGCCGUCUCGGCGACGACCCCGGCACGCAGGGGACUCUGCCUCGCUUCCGCAGCCGCCAGGGCAGUGCCCCGGAGAGCAGGGAAUUGCCUACUAUGUCGCGGAUGGCCAACGUGCGCGUCAUUCGGGGUGGUUCUCUUUGAGGGUCUGGGGAAUUUAGGUAUCUGUGGGAAGGCUUUGGUUUCCCUUCCUUCCGAUCUCAAGUCAUAACUGUUUUCCAUUGCUUUAUGAACAGCGAAUAUCGGUUGCCCCAAGAGGGCUCAGAUACCCAGGAUAAAGGCUAUGUUGUUAUCUGCUUUGUUCCUUCUUAUCUUCCUUCUUAUUCUUGUUUCUUCUGCCGCAACUGUCUGCCAUGUCCCUGAAGACUAAUGAGGCUGUGUGAGGCGUUCGUUGGAACGGGAGUUCCCGGUGGGGGUAGGACUCGGUAAUGGUCGGGGAUACAGGAACAUCGCAUUAUUUCUGAGGCUUGCGACUUAUAUAUCACGUAGACUAUUUGAUGGGUGUCAUUUCGUUCAAUCUGGGGGAGGGGGGUGUUUGUUCGGCCAAGGCCCCGAGCCGCCGUUGCCCCAAGCAUUGAAGCAGUCACAUGUCCUUCGGCUUUGCGAAUCAAGACUACCU